CAUUUCAUCGGGUAUCCUCGCUGUUUAAAAUUCUAUGCGUUUUAAAAGUUUUAUCUAACGGUAUAUCAAAUUUGAUCAAAAUCUGAUCGUUAAUUCUAUAAUCGAUAGAACUCUCGUUAAGAUCGCUAACAAUCCUAUUACUUUGUUGUGAUGUAUCGAUUUUGAAUUUUGAGCAAUUUUGAGUAUGCUCACGUUUCGCUAUCAUUCGUUAUCCGCCGUCCGACCAUCUCCUCUAAAUAGUAUCCCAAUCCCGAACGGUGUUGCGACGAUGACAUAAACGAAUAAAUAAAUAAAUUGUACGUUUGUAUUCAUAAAUACACAAUCGAAUCUAUCGUAUUCGCGGUGUACCGUUCGAUAUGUCGGAUCAUCACGGACCGAAAGGUUAUGCACCUUUACCGCAAAGUAUAAGCAACACCGACACGGAAGAUGAAGAGGACUGUCUGGCCCAACCGAGCGAAACCUCGAAGGAUCACGUCCAGGAUACGCAACCGCAAGCAACGACUAUCCAUGAAAAUGGAGUGUAUUAUCCAUUGGAUGAAACGAAAAAGUUAGGAAAUCGUAUGAGAAAUGGACAGAACACGCUCAAAUACUACAGAGAUGAUAUACCGAUAAUGGUAGUUGAAGGGAACGACCAGAAUGAUUUAUGGAAGGACCGGAACAUGUCGUCUCUGCGAAGAUUUUUUCUGAUCGCUUCAGUGCUGCUGUGCAUCGUAACGAUAAUUAUAUUUCUAUACGUUUUACCUUGUGACAAUUCGAUAGUAUGCCCUUCGGUGAAUGAACCCGAAUCGUCUAUAUCCUGGGACAGACCAUUACAAGGGAUGGAGUUACACGGUCCUAUUUCCAUUAUUCGUCGAAAUCCACCGAAUUUGAUAUUGCUGAUUCGCGGACAGCGGUACAGAGAGAACGACACGAGUAACGAUCAAAGGCAAAUAUCAGCAAACGGGGGAGGAGUCAUGUCUAUGCAAGCGAACAGUGGUUUAGCAUUGUGGUUAGUCUCUUUGAAAAGAUCGCCAACUGAGAUUGACUGCGAUUCGAUCGAUACUGAUAGAUCUGGGAAACCGGACUGUAUAGUCGUUGGGAAUCAAGGCUUGUUGGCCAGCAUCGAACCCAUCGCAGGCACGAUACAUUGGAGCUCGAAGAUUUAUACGUUCGAUAAACUGCCUCUGAUCCUACCGGAUGUAAAUUCGGACAAAGUAGAAGAUCUUUUGAGCAUAGAAAUAGCCACGAGAAACAUGCCCAAUCUUGUCCUCUUGUCUGGAGGAACGGGUGAACUCUUAGGCCGAUACUCGCCUGUGAAUUGUUCGUCUAUCGAUAUAUACAAUCAUGUAAUCAACGAUACGAUAUCGUACAUUUGCUACGAUAGUAACAGGAAAAGUGCGAUGAAAAGUAUGACGAUCAACGGACUGCUGCACGCUAUGAAGUUAACGAAUUACAAGAAAUCGUCACCGAUGACGUUUCGAACAUUUAAAACGUUGAAGUUCGACGAGGAACAGACCAACUGGACGAGUACACCGUAUCAUCAUCUGUCGAUAGAGAACGAAGGCUCGUGCCCAGGGAAAUUCUGCAGAGCGAAUGUAAAUCUAACUUUACUGAAACACGGGAACCAGUCGAAAAUAAUAUGGGAUCACGUCAGCCCGAAUUCUUUCGUAUCGAAACCGGCGAUUCUGGUUUUACCAGAGAAACCUUACACGUCCGGGUUCGCUAUCAAAUUUUGGCAGUGGGUCAACUCUAUGUCCGAGCACACGAAGAAAGCAUCCGUCAUUACGGAGAGAAGGUUGAUAGAAAGAGUAUUGAUAGUGUUCGUGAACUAUACGGAUGUACAAGUUAUGAACGCCAGUCAAAGCGAUAUCAUUCAAUUGUGUCGCGACGGCGAAUGUCAGCCGGAUUUGAGUUCGCGUGCACGGUUCAGUUCGAUCAAGAUCGAUUACAUCAGCAACGAUGGUUUCCCAGAACUGAUCACCUAUUGGUCUUCGUACGACGUAGAAUCGCCGAACGUGUUAACGUCAAAAGUGCAGGUCGUAAAGUUAGAUUCGCUCUUGGCAGGCUUGCCCCACGCUACAGUUUAAUCCUCGUUUCAUUCGAUUCCUAAAUUUCGCGAGAUACAAGAGCAACCAUCUUAUCAUCGAUACUCGAGAGGAAUCAGUUUCAUAAAUAACUUUAAAUACGCUGACGCGGUAGCAUUAACAAUCAAUGAAUGUUUGGCCAUAAAAUUGUUAGAGCUAGUCAAGACUUAGUACUAACAUAGCAACGAUUUUCACUGGCGCCUAAUUUACUAGAAUAAUUUUCAUAACGUACGGUCAUUGUCGGUGUCUAUUUUAAAAUAACUCUCAAUGGUGCCUUGCGAAAACUAUACAAACGUCACGAAGAAAUCGUAUUGUUAGUAAAGGAAACAUACUGAAAGUUUUUAUGCGUUCAACAGAUGGAUAGUUCCUUGUUUUUAAAUAUCACCUAGUGUCGUUUGUAUCAAAUUAUUUUAUGUACAUUUACUCGAUUGAAUACUUUGCUAAAGUAGGAGGAGAGACGACAGAGAGCUUAUUGCACAUAGACGCUAGUAUUAAUGUUACAAACGAGAACUAAUAAAGGUCUUUACUCUAGUCAGAUACA